AUGACGGAGCGUUGGGUUUCCCAGAAGAAGCAUUACUGCCAGAUAUGCAAUACAUGGCUAAGCGGGCAUAUUAUGAAUAUAAAGAAACAUGAGCAGUCGACGCGGCACUUAGAAAAUGCACGUCAACAGCUCAAGGACGCCUACCAGCGCCACCAGGACAAACAGAAGCACGAGCGGCUGCUUGAGCGGGAGCUGCAGCAGAUGGAAGCUGCUGCUGCUGCUGCCAUGCGAAACGAUGAGGCCCGCCAAAUAUCUCACUGCGGCGGAGGCCCUCAUAGAGGGAGUCUUCCCUCAGCCUAUGAUCAACUUCAGGCUCAGCGGGAAGAGAAGGAGAGAAUUCAGCAGUUUUACAAUCAGCGGAACUCAAGCAACUGUACAACACAAGCAUCUGUCAGCACUAGCGACGAAACCCGCAGCAGCAGCAACAACGGCGACGCCUGGGAGUUUGUGACGGACCAGGGGCUUCCUUUUUUCCGGAAUAAGAUCACAGGGGAUGUUUCUUGGACACCACCACCCGGUGCCAGCUACGUUGCAGCAUCGGCAGCAGCAACUGCUGCUGCGGCCGCUGUGCCUGCGGCUGUCGCUGCAGCUAGUGCAGCCCCUACAGCUCCUGCUCCAGCACGCCCGGCGUUGCGAAUCCUCAGUGUAAAAAAGCCGGUGAAGAAGGAACAGCCGGACACGACGGCACCCGUAUCUCCACCUACUGGGACAGCGCCUACUGUUGCAGCACCUGCAACGUUUGCUGGUGCUGAAGGACCACUAACCGCUGCUUCGGCAGUACCUGCUCAUGUUGUUGUGAAGUCCGAUUCCAGCGAAGCAUCACCUGCUGCUACCGCUACAGCGCCAGUCCAUGCUGCGGCUACUGCAACAGGUACUGAUACGAGUGUGUGUGGUGGCGUUGCUGCUCUUGCAGCAGGUGUUGAUAUUCGAGUAGAUGCAUGUGGGCCUGAUGCAGGUACUGACGCUGCACCUGUUGAAGCGCAAAUGCCUGACUUCAUCCCGUCAAGCAGCAGCAGGAGCAGCAGUGGCAGCAGCGCCAUCCCUGAAGGUUAUGUUUUUAAGACAGGCCAUAUGGGCCUCGGAUUCUAUAGGGACAGGCCCGUACAGCAGCACCACCGCCACCAACAGGGGCAACAGCGGCGGGGCCCUUCCAGCCGUGCACUUCAGCACCAUUGGGGGCAUGCGCAACAUGAGAGGCAGCAGCACAACAGCGAACAGAAGCAGCAACACACACAGCACGCUCACCAACAAUUGCGGCAUGAGCGGCAUUGGCAGAAGCAACAAAUAGCGCCUCUCAAGCGGCCUCGGGAGGAGGCAAGCGCAGAUGCCGUUUCCCCUCCAGCAGAUGCUGCUGCUGCCAUUGCUGCUGCUGCAGCCGAAGCUGCAGCAGCAGCGGCAACCCUCUGGGGAUCCGGGACAGCAGCCAGUGAGGACAAGGACAGCAGCGGCGGGAGUCAGACCGGGACGGCAGCAGGUGCCGUAGAAACUGAGAAGGGCCUCACAGGGGCCCCAAGCGAGGGCCUGCGUAGGGCAGAAGAUAAAGCUUCUGAUGAUAGUGCCCAAGAAGGUAGAGAUGGGAGCAUAUCCGACGAGGGAUCUGGAACGGAUGGAGACAACUCGGAAGAGACAGAAGAGGAAACACAGGGCGCUUCAGCUACUGCAGCACCAAAAGAAGAGCUACGCUCAGCAACAGCACAGAGGCGGGUGGUGCCUGAUACCGAGGGGCCUGUAAUCGGUCCUUGGGUGGAAGCCAAGGACGAUGGGUGGGAUGCUAUUGCCCGCAGGCAGCAGCAAGAGAAACAGCAGUUGCUGCUGCGCCAGGAGCAGCAAGAAGCAUUGGAGCAGGAGCGGCAUGUGAUUUCAGGAGUGGAACAGCUACGGCGGCUUCGAGCCCAAGUGAAGCGCCGGGGGGUUCACCACGACUUCUCUUGGCAGAAGGACGAGGAGGCAGAAUAUCUAAGUACCAGUGGCAGCACCACCAACGAGCAAAGCAUUGAGGGGACGCAAGUGUGGGACUCUUGCCAUACAGCUUGUCUGAGUGCUUUCAGAUUCGCAGCCGUCAGCGCCCCGCAGCCUCCAGGCAGCAGCAGGAGACUGAGUGACUCUCCGUUGGUUCAUUUGUCCUUGCGUUUCAACCGAUCGGUAAGCGAAUACGGCACGAAGACUCAUCAUUUAAGAGGCUGA